AUGAGGCAGUUUGGGGGGCUUUGUUGGAGUGUGACCCCCCCAUUUGUGGCACAGGGGGAGUUCUGCGUGGCAGCGGUGCGCGAGGGGCUGGUGGUGGCCUUUGUGCGCUGGCUGUGCCGCACGGCCCGUGGCUUUGCUGAUGGCCCGGCCGAGCGGGGGGCCCCUGCUGCCCCCCCGGCCCUGCUGCUGCUCCUCGCCCGCCUCUGCCUGGACUACGAGAACUCCACCAUCAGCUACAUCCUCACCCUCACCGACGAGCAGUUCCCACCCCAGGACUCGGGCCCGGCGGUGACCCCGGGGCCGGCGCUGUGUGCGGAGGCGCGGGCGGCGGCGCAGCGGCUGCUGGACCACUAUGUGCAGGUGCAGGGCGCGGCCGUGGCGCAGAUGCUGCGCAAGAGCGUCGAGACGCGCGACUGGCUGGGCACCGUCGAGCCCCGCAACGUCCGCGCCGUCAUGAAGCGCGUGGUGGAGGACAUCACUGCCAUCGACGUCCAGGUGGGGCAGCUCUUCGAGGAAGGAGUGCGGCGGGCGCAGAGCAGCGAUUCCAGCCGACGUGCCUUCUCUGUCUACAGCAGCUCGCGGGCACCCGGCCGCUAUGCCCCGAGCUACACCCCCAGUGCCCCCAUGGACACCCACCUGCUCAGCAACAUCCAGAAGCUUUUCUCAGAGCGCAUUGACAUCUUCAGCCCUGUCGAGUUCAACAAGGUGUCGGUGCUGACGGGGAUCAUCAAGAUCAGCCUGAAGACGCUGCUGGAGUGCGUGCGGCUGCGCACGCUGGGGCGCUUCGGGCUGCAGCAGGUGCAGGUGGACGGGCACUACCUGCAGCUCUACCUGUGGCGCUUCGCCUCCGACGAGCGCGUGGUGCAGGGGCUGCUGGACGAGGUGGCUGCCAGCGCUGCCCACCGCUGCCUGGACCCCGUGCCCAUGGAGCACAGCGUCGUGGAGCUCAUCUGCGAGCGCGGGUAGCGCGCGGGGACGAGGGACAGGGACCCGCCCUACCUGUGUCACCGUGCGGCAGAGCCCGGCAGGGACAUGUCCUGCGUCCUGCUACAUCUCUGGGGACACACCUGUACCCUGCGAGUCCCCACACGUGCUGUGCUGUCUCCUUCCCAACGUGGCAGCACACAAGGACAUCCCAUGUCCCCGCACAUGGCAACGUGAAGGGAUACCCCCUAUCCCCACGCCAGGUCACCCCGUGUCAUCAAACCACACCCCUAUUGCCUCCCCACCCCAGUGACACCCUCAGUGUGUGCUGACACCCACAGCCCCUGUGACACAGUGUCAUCCCCUCACCUUGGUGACAUCCCCUUGUGCCCUUUGUCACUAAAUAAAUGAUGUGUGAGCUGA